GAUAAAUAAAUAAAAUUAUAAAGUUAAACCAUAAUAUUUUAGUUUUGUUGAGAGACUCAAUUAUCAUACACCGGCGCUGAUGCUCUCACACGUUAGCGGCAAGACAAUUUAAAUCGUUAUAUCACAUUGUCUUUCAUCUAAAGAAAGAAUUCUAGUAUUUUCUUGAAAGAAUUCUAGUCUUUUGAACCAAGGUUUCUAGUAUUCCCAAAACAUUUAUUGUUUCCAGAUUAUAUAUUUACUUUUCAAGAUUUGGUAUCAGGCUUUCUUGAAACUUCAGAUUUAUAGAACCAUUACACCUAGGCUCAACUAUUGUUUCCAGAUUAUGUAUUUUAACCGAUUUGAAUAAUAUAUACAAAGUUUAAAAAACUAUAAAAUAUAUAUUUAAUUUUUUAAAAUAUAACAUGUGAUUUUAAAAAAAAUUAAAUUAUAAUUUUUCAAAUUUAAUUUUUCUUUACUUGAUUAUUUGUUAAAAAUAUAAUCAAAUUCACUAUGAAGUUGUAUUCAAUAAAACGUGAUUUGAAUCAAUAUUUAAGCAUCAAAAAAAUAUUAUAUAAAUUUACUAAGGAAGUUAAAAUCAGUAAUUCAAUAGUGCAUAAUUUUAUUUAGAUUUUCAAAUCCAUAUAAAAUCUUUAAAUAAAUAUUCUACUAAAAAGAUCUAAUGUGAUACUAAGCAAUCCUACAAAAUCACCUGAUUUGCUUCAACUACAUACACUUUUUCUUUAUUUUCUUGCAAAUCUAGAUAAACAAGAGGUUACAAGAUUUGUUUCAUUAAUUUACAAUUUUAUGCUUUCAUUUUAUAGCUGUAUAAAUAUAUAGAUUUAUGUAGGUGGAAGUACAUGUAUAUUUCACUCUUUACCCUAUACCAUUCUUCUGUAUUUCAGAAAAACUUAUUUCCAACAUAUAAUUUUAUAUUAUAUUCAAUGGAUAUAAAAGCCUUACAUCUAAAACUUCAAGAGAUGAGACAAUCUUUCUUUAACGAGGGCUACCUCAAUUGUCAGUAUACUCAGAUAGAAGCAUUGGAGAAAGACUCAAGCCCUUAUUUUAUUGUAGAAAUAAUAACUCUCUAUUUCAGAGAUUCCCCCAAUGUUAUUGCUGCUUUGGAGCAUGAAUUGGCGCGGGAGCCAAUAGAGCUACCCAAGAUUACCAAAUGCAUUAAUCGGUUAAAAAGCAGCAGCGCCAGCAUCGGUGCCAUCAAAAUUAACAAUGAACUUGAGAAGGCAAACAUACUUCUCCAAGCUGGCAAUGUAGAAGGAAUGAAAGAAGCAGUGCGUCGUAUUAAGAAGGAGCACAGUGAACUCCGCGCAAAGUUUGAGACAUAUUUUCAGUUGAUGAGACGAGCUGGUCCAACAGAACAAGCUGUGAACUCAAGCUAAAGACAUGCAUGUAUAAGCCAUGUAGUUUGGUUUGCACGACAAACAUUCCACCUGUUUCUACCCAAAAAAAUAACAUUCCAACUGUCCAAACCCAACCACUGAUCAAUUCUAGUUAUAAUUAUUGUUAAUUUUAAAAUGUUAUAUUUUUUUCUUAAUAUUAUAUAUGUUACCUUAUGUUCUGAUGCAUAAUAAAAUAAUUAUUUAUUUCUAUUA